AUGGUGACAAGAAAGUGGCCUCGUUCUGGACACAUUUUGAAAGUAAAGCUAAAAGAUAUUGAUAAUUUCUUGGAACUGGGAGUGAGCCAGAAAUCAAUAACAGAAGGAAAACUAGAAAACCCGCAAAUAAUUAAACAAUGUACUUCCCUCUCGGUCUUCCCUGUCUACCCUCGGCGUCGCUACAGCGUGGAGGAGCAGCCCCAGCAGCGCCAGAAAACCAAGAUGAUCAUUCUGGGCUUCUCCAACCCCAUCAACUGGGUUCAGACUCGAAUUUAAGCCUUCCUAAUCUGGGCCUAUUUUGACCAAGAGUUCAGCAUCACCGAAUUCUCGGAGGGAGCGAAGCAGGCUUUUGCUCAUGUGUCCAAGUUAUUGUCACAGUGUAAAUUUGAUCUGUUGGAAGAACUUGUGGCCAAAGAGGUGCUCCAUGUAUUGAAGGAAAAGGUCACUUCACUACCUGACAACCAUAAAAAUGCCCUUGCUGCUGACAUAGAUGAAAUUGUAUACACAUCAACAGGAGACAUCUCCAUUUACUACGACGAGAAAGGAAGGAAGUUUGUUAACAUCCUGAUGUGCUUUUGGUAUCUAACCAGUGCUAACAUCCCCAGUGAAACUUUAAGUGGAGCCAGUGUGUUCCAGGUUAAGUUGGGGGAUCAGAACGUGGAAACUAAACAGCUUCUUAGUGCAAGCUAUGAAUUUCAGAGGGAGUUUACACAAGGAGUAAAGCCUGACUGGACCAUUGCAUGGAUUGAACACUCAAAGUUACUAGAAUGAUCUUUCUUGGAAAAACCAGCUUACUGGACUUCUGGCAAUUACUAUGAAAAAUUAAGGAAAGAAAUUUUAGAUGAGUUGAUCUUCA